AGAGAGAGAGAGAGAGAGAGAGAGGCUGAAAAGUGAGGUAGAAAGGUGAAGAUGAGGCAAUAAAGACUAAGGACAGCAGUGGGGACUGGGGACUGGCUCCCAAGUACAGGCAAAGGCCAAUAAUGCAAACCCAAUGCAGCGACUUUAUCCUUUUCCUGUCUCUUGGUUUCCCACUGACCAUUGUCUUUGAAAGCAUGGGCGCUCGAGGUCUUCGGUUCUGAAUAGAGCUUGCGUAAUAAGCUUCAGAUCGCGAGCAAUGGCGAAUGUUUCGUCUCCAGAUCAAUUGAGCGAGCAAUUUCAAAGCCACACAUCGAGUGCAGAAGCGUGCAGCUCCGAGAGCUUAAGCAAUUACGAUCAUAACAAUUCGAUUUCUCUGCCUAUCACCCCCAUUCAUCAUUCCAAUUUCCCGGCGCCGGAGCUCGAAGUUGAAAUGAUGAAAGAGCGGUUUGCAAAACUUCUGCUGGGAGAGGAUAUGUCAGGCGGAGGGAAGGGAGUUUGUUCGGCGCUCGCUAUUUCCAAUGCCAUAACCAAUCUCUCGGCUAGUGUAUUUGGAGAGUUGUGGAGGUUAGAGCCUUUAGCGCCACAGAAGAGAUCCAUGUGGGAGCGGGAAAUGGAUUGGUUGUUAUGUGUGAGUGAUUCAAUUGUUGAACUGGUUCCUUCCACACGAGAUUUCCCCGGUGGCGGUACCUUUGAAACUAUGGUCCCCAGGGUCCGACCUGAUAUACACCUGAAUCUUCCAGCACUCAAGAAACUUGAUUCCAUGCUGCUGGGCAUUCUUGAUGGAUUCAGGGAUUCAGAGUUUUAUUACGUUGAUCGUGGGGUUAUAGUUGAUCUUGAUGUGGCUCCUGAAACUGAGACUAACAUGUUCCCUCUUUCGGCAUCUUCUGGUAGGCCAUCAAUAUGGCAGGAAGAGAAGUGGUGGCUCCCAUUUCCUAAGGUGCCCCAGCAUGGUCUCUCUCAAGACAUGAGGAAGAGAUUGCAACAGUCCAGGGAAUGCACGCACCAGAUUCUCAAGGCUGCGCUGGCUAUUAAUAGCACUGUGCUUUCUGAAAUGAAAAUCCCACAUAUUUACUUGGAUAACUUACCUAAGAGUGGCAGAGCUCUAGUGGGGGACAUCAUAUAUAACUUUUUAUGUGCUGAUAAGUUCUCCUCUGAGUGUGUUCUGGAUUACCUAGGCCUAUCAUCUGAAUAUUCAACUCUGGAAAUAGCAAACAGAAUGGAGGCAUCCAUGCACAUCUGGAGGCAGAAACACAUAAAAGGGCAUGUAAUUCGUAGGAAGGGUAGAAAAUCUUCGUGGAGUGGCAAGGUCAAGGGCAUGGUGAGUCACACGAAAAAACACAAGCUUCUAGCACAGCGUGCUGAAACCCUACUGCAGAAUUUGAGACAAAAGUUCCCUGGCCUGCCCCAGACUGCUUUGGACAUGAGCAAGAUACAGAACAACAAGGAUGUAGGGCAAGCAAUCCUAGAGAGCUACUCGAGAGUGAUGGAAAGCUUGGCCUUCAACGUACUGGCAAGGAUAGAUGAUCUCAUUUACAUAGAUGAUGCCGCCAGCAACCUGCCUCAUCACAAUCGAAAUAUUUUUUUGAUGAAGAGAGGUUAGGUAUGCUGUAUGAUUACGGAGACAGAAGCACAAAGUAGCUCCCACCACCAUGUGCUCGUUUAUUUCGGGAAUCGCUUGUCUGAGAUGGAUUACAACUGCCUUUCUCGCCUCAUCCGUCUUCCAAUUGUCUCUUCUUUUGACUGAUGUAACUACUAGGUAGGUGUUUAAAGCAGUCAUUCUUGUGUGAAUCUCUCAAGUCUCAAACACGACGAUCAACUAAUCUAGGGUUCUUCAGACCCGUUGUUGCUAUGGAUGCACAAACACAUCAAAAACUGAAAGGCAACGCUUACAUCGCUUA